AUGAAGUUCACCACCGCCCUCACCCUCCUCUUCGCUACCGUUGCGCUCGCCGCUCCUGCUGCUGAGCCCAACCCGGAAUCCGCCCUCGAAGCCCGUGGCUCUUGUGGUAUCAGCUGCGCUUGCCAAGGCGGCAGGUGCAACUGCGCCAACUGCAACCAGAUGGGAUGCAACUGGUUCUUCAACGGCAAGACUUGCUAG